CCUGACGUUUCAAAAGCCACAAUCAGGCUGGAAGGGCAGGUGGAGACAGGCAGAAGAGGGGCCGGCUGGCAGUGGGGUUGUCAAAGGACUCUAGAAUUUCUGACCCUAACAUUGACCAGAUGUCGUGCCCGCCUGUUGCCGCCAGGGCAAUGUCAGGGGAGAUGGACAAGCCGCUGAUCAGUUGCCACCUGGUGGACAGCGAUGGCAGUCUUGCUGAAGUCCCCAACAAGGCUCCCAAAGUGGGCAUCCUGGGUAGUGGGGACUUUGCCCGCUCCCUUGCUACACGUCUGGUGGGCUCGGGCUUCAGUGUGGUGGUGGGGAGCCGAAACCCCAAACGCACUGCUGGGCUCUUCCCCUCCUUGGCCCGAGUGACCUUCCAGGAAGAGGCCGUGAGCUCCCCGGAAGUCAUCUUUGUAGCCCUGUUCCGGGAACACUACUCCUCACUGUGCGGGCUCAGCGACCAACUGGCUGGCAAGAUCUUGGUGGAUGUCAGCAACCCCACGGAGCAGGAGCACCUUCGGCACCACCAGUCUAACGCCGAGUACCUGGCCUCGCUCUUCCCCACCUGUACUGUGGUCAAGGCCUUCAAUGUUGUUUCUGCAUGGACCCUGCAGGCUGGCCCCAGGGAUGGGAACAGGCAGGUGCCUAUCUGCAGUGACCAGCCGGAAGCUAAGCGCACCAUCUCUGAGAUGGCACAUGCCAUGGGUUUCAUGCCCUUGGACAUGGGAUCUCUGGCCUUGGCCCGGGAGGUGGAGGCCAUGCCCCUGCGCCUCCUCCCUUCCUGGAAGGUGCCCACUCUCCUGGCACUGGGGCUGUUUGUGUGUUUUUACACCUACAACUUUAUCCGGGACGUACUGCAGCCAUAUGUGCGGGAGAACAAAAACAAGUUCUAUAAGUUGCCGGUGUCUGUGGUAAACACCACGCUGCCAUGUGUGGCCUAUGUGCUGCUGUCCCUGGUAUACCUGCCUGGUGUACUGGCUGCUGCCCUGCAGCUUUGGAGGGGGACCAAGUACCAGCGCUUCCCAGACUGGCUGGACCACUGGCUGCAGCAUCGUAAACAGAUCGGGCUGCUCAGUUUCUUCUGCGCAAUGAUGCAUGCGCUCUACAGCUUCUGUAUGCCACUGCGCCGCUCCCACCGCUAUGACCUGGUCAACAUGGCUUUGAAGCAGGUCCUGGCGAACAAGAGCCACAUCUGGGAGGAGGAGGAAGUAUGGCGGAUGGAGAUCUAUCUCUCCCUGGGAGUGCUGGCCCUCGGCAUGCUGUCUCUACUGGCUGUUACCUCUCUGCCAUCCAUUGCAAACUCACUCAAUUGGAGGGAGUUCAGCUUUGUGCAGUCCACACUGGGCUUCGUGGCGCUGAUGCUGAGCACCCUGCAUACACUCACCUAUGGCUGGACCCGUGCCUUCCAGGAGAGCCACUACAAGUUCUACCUCCCACCUACCUUCACGCUCACACUGUUCCUGCCCUGUGUCAUCAUCCUGGUCAAGAUCUUCUUCCUCCUGCCCUGCUUCAGUCGCAGACUCACCAGGAUCCGCAGGGGCUGGGAGAAAGAUGGUGCUGUCAAAUUCAUUCUGCCUGCUGACACGUACAGGGGGAGAAAACAAGCCAUGUGUGAGCCUUGGGAGCAGAUACUAGGCACAACUUGUGGGUGCCUGAGCCUGGUUCAGUUCUCUUUUCUAGAUGCUGCAGAACAGAGUGAUGAUAUACAUAUAGGUGAUUUGAGAUGGGAAUUCCUGGGACACAGAUGUAAGCCAUGAUAUUUAGAAUGACACACCAUGCGUGUGAUAUGUAUGCAUAUAUACUUCAUAUCUAUAACAGGAUUUACAAUUAUUUCUACUUCACUAAAAAACUGGAUCCCUAGAUUUCAAAGUAAAUGUUAAACAGCAGGUCCUGCCCUUGUUAACAUUUGUAGAGGCAGACACACACUUUUGGUACAAGAGAGAUGUACAUUUUGCUGGGUUCCAUCCUUUACCUGCCUCUCUACAGUCCCUGUUAGCACCAACCUAAGGUUGAUGCAGAGCUGGGGCAAGUAUAGCUCUGGGUGUAGCUCACCCUACAUCCCAGUGCUAAAGAGAGGCCCAGAGUGAACAGGAAUGCCACAGGGGGGAGGCCAGAAUCUGCAGGGGCUUUUGCAGCUCCCUCCUUUUCCCGGGGGUGGGGUUAAGAAAAAGCUGCCCCACGUGAUCCUAGCUGGGCUGAGGGAGAUAUUUCCGCCCUCUUAAAAGUCCAGAGUCACCGCAGGGCCUGCAAAUUGAUCCUUCUGUGAAGGUGUGAAGUCACCUCCUUGCCCAGCCACUAAUGAACCUGAUCUUGAGAAUGAGUGUAAUUGCUUUCCCUCCAUUAAGUUGGUGGUGACCACUCUAAACCACUGUGCCUUCUCACCUUUUCCAUCAUUAAUUUGGACUUCUCCCUGGAAGGCAGAGGAGCCUGAGGGGGAGGGGACCACACCAGAGCUUGCUGAGAAUAACAGGGCCGCCUCCCCUUGGACUUGGACUUUUCCUGGGGGCUGAGGGACUGCCUUCAUUAAAUUGGUCCCCAGGGAGAAUAACAGGGACCCCUUUCCAUGUACUCUGCAGCUGUGGGCAAAGAACCUGUCUCCUGAGCACCCAGAAACCUGCACUGGCUUCAUGUCCCCCUCCUGGAGUCUAGCGGUUUCCUUUGUCUGUGCUUUUUCCUUCCUUUCAGUUUCACUCAAUUGCAGUCUACAAAUAUUGUUUGAAUUCUUAGAGAUCACAUUCUCAUUUUACUACACUAUAGUUAUAAUUGUCCUUUAUUGUUAUUAGUUACUGUUAUUAAUCUUUUCCCGUGCCUACUUUAUUAACUAGACUUAUCACAGGUAUGCAUAGGAAUAUAUGUUUCCGAAUUGUCUGUAGUUUCAGGCAUCUACUGGGGUCUUGAAUGGACCCAGGUAUUAUAGUUCAAAAUAACUGGGAGGGGCUUUUCUAUCAAAGCUACAAGUAUAAAACCUUGCUGCCCCAAAGCACAGGAGGCCAGACCACAGUCAGAACCAUAGGGUAUCUGUCCUCUAGCCUUGCGGCAUUUAUUGCUGGUUCAAACUAAUACUGGUUUACUUCUUCUGUGGAAAAAUGGCUGUUCUCAGCUCAGUCCCCCAAACCCUACAAAGCCCAAAUGAUAUGCCGCCAACUCAGAACAGAGGUCUCAGUGGAGCUUCCCCUGGGUCAGGGUACAUCUUUAGAUACAAGGAAAGAAGAGGACUGACCACUUUACAGCAGGUGAGGUACCCUUGUUAAUCCAGGAAAGCAUCAUGUCUGUGGGCACAUAGGAUCCUUCACUGAAGCUGAAGCCAUGAAUGAUCUCACCUGCAUAGGGCUCAGCCAUUUUCUCCAGCUCUCUCUGGGAGAAGAUAGGUCCUUAUACCAAAGAUACAGGGAGGAACCCAUGGUAUUUCUUCCCUUUCCUCACCCAGCUCCUGCUGUAGGUGCUUACCAGAAGGGAAAUGAGGCUGAGUAUCUGUCACCUGUCUGUCAGCUUGUGGAUGGCAGGUGGGCCUUGGGCUUGUCCCUGAUCUUGCAUCUGUCUUUGCUUUUCCUUCCCACCUCACCAGGCAACGGGCAACAUCUUCUAGGAGAGCUAGACACUCCCUAGCCUAGGAAGGUCUUUGUAGCUCUGGGUCCAGAAGUGGCUCAACCCAGUGUUCUGGAUGCCUGAGGUGGACAUGUAAAAUUUAUGCCAUGGACAGAGUCCGAGUUUUGUUGUUUUUAUCUCAUAGAGCUUGUCUCGGAAGUAAUGACAAUAAAUACCUAACCUAUGAACGUAA